GGUCUAGAUCCCAGUUACUGUUUACUCUUUCUUAGGAGAUAAUAUGGAAUCCUCAACGUGUUUGAAAGCAGAUAUGCCCACCAAGACUGAGUCAUCGCUUUCUAGCGUGGCUACUAGCGCCGAUAUCAGCAUCACCUGUGAUCCAGAAACCGCACCCAGCACCGAUAUUCCUCCCCUGGACACAUCCCCACGCGGCUGGCUCACCGUCGUCGGCGGAUUCACUUGUUCUUUCGCAUCCUUUGGCUGGGCGACCUCCAUCGGUGUCUUCCAGGCAUACUACUCCACACACCAACUACACGCCUACACCGCGAGCGCCAUCGGCUGGAUCCCUUCCGUCGAGACCGCCUUCCUCUUCCUCGGCGUAUGCGUCUUCGGCGCCCUCUUUGACUAUCUCGGCCCUACGGUGCUUCUCAUCGUCGGCACGGUGCUCCAUGUCGGCGGCUUACUGGGUCUCGCGAACUCAAAGACGUAUACCCAGAUCUUCGUCACCCAAAGCGUCGUGAGCGCCGCUGGCACGGGGGCUAUCUUCGUCGCGGGGGCGACGGCUGUGGGAACCUGGUUCCAUGCGAGACGUGGCCUGGCGCUGGGUCUCGUUAGCUCUGGGAGUGCUGUCGGCGCGGUCAUAGGGACAGCUACUAUCCCCAUCUUGUUUGAAAAAAUUGGGUUCUCCUGGACUAUUCGUGCUGUUGCGUUGACGUAUUUUGUCUUGAUGGGAGUGGCUAUCGCUACUAUCUCGCGCAGACCGCAGAUGGGCGCCGGCACCGCACCACCUCCUUUGCGUGUAUCCCAGCUUCUACCGGUCUCGCUUUUGAAAUCUGGCCCUGUUUUGGCGCUUGCUUUCGCGUGCUUCUUUUUCAACCUGGGAUUCUUCAUACCGUAUGAUUAUGUCGUGGUCGAGGCACGAGACGCUGGUGCUACGCAACAAUCAGCUAACAAUUUGCUCGUUAUCUUGAGUGCUACGAGGUACGUCCCCUGGUAUAUCCACGAUUUUGGUGUCACGAUGAGGGAUUGUCAUCAGGACUGAUUUUAUCAAAUAGUACCGUGGGCCGCGUCAUGCCUGGGUGGCUGGGUGAUCG